UAUCUAAAAUUAUAAUUAGCCUACAGCCGACAGAGACAUUAGUUAAAAAUUUAUAAGUAGGCACUGUCAUAAUUGGUAUACAAACAAUAUAAAAAAUGUCUAUCGAGCUAGAAGCACCGAUCAGUGUUCAGCCAAAUUCGAUAGUAUCAAAACGGAUUAGCUCGGACGAUGGACACAAAACAAAGGAAGAGAAGACGCUCGACUUCGAUGACCUCCUGGUCCAAGCCGGGGAGUUUGGCCGCUACCAGCUGUACCUGUUCAUCGCCACGAUGCCCUACUACGUGUACGGAGUGUUCGUGUACUUCACCCAGAUGUUCCUGACUGAAGUGCCGAGCCAGCACUGGUGCUGGAUACCCGAGUUAGAGAAUCUCACGGCGACUGAACGCAGGAGCCUCGCCAUACCGCCCGACGACCAUGCCCGCUUCGGGUACUCACACUGCAUCUCGUACGUGGCCAACUGGAGUGAUGUGUUACGAACUGGGGACAAGCCCAACCCUAGCUGGGAGACCGCCAAGUGCCAGAAUGGAUGGGAGUUUGACACUAGCGAAAUACCGUAUCCAACGAUUUCAACCGAAUUAGGAUGGGUUUGUGACAGACGCAGCUACCAGGCCUCGGCGCAGGCCAUCUUCUUCUUCGGCUCCGUGUUCGGAGGAUUCCUCAUCGGAUGGGUCGCUGACAGAUUCGGACGGAUACCAGCCAUCGUGGCGAGCAAUGUGAUUGGAUGCGUCGGAGGCAUCGCCAGCAUAUUUGUUCACGAUUUCACCGAGUUCGCUAUCUGCCGUUUCUUUAUGGGCAUGAGUUAUGACAACACAAUGAUGAUGGCCUACCUCCUCGUAUUAGAAUAUAUAGCACCGAAAUACAGGACGUUGAUCGCUAAUUUAUCUUUCGCCGUCUUCUACUCAUUGGCCGCCAUAGCUCUGCCGUGGAUAGCACUCGCUUGUGGGCACUGGAAGAUUACUUCUGUGGCCACAAGUCUUCCACUAAUCCUAGCGUUGUCUGCUCCUCUUUUAUUACUAGAAAGCCCAAGAUGGCUGCUCACUAAAGGCCGUGUCGAUGACGCAGUAAACAAAGUACUUCACUUAGGGAAAGUGAACCGAAAAGAUAUUCCGUCCAAAAUGAUACAAAAAUUCAAAGAAGAUUUCUCAAACAAAAAGAACACAGAGAAAGGAAACAUGUAUGAAAUUUUGAAAAACCCUGUGCUAAGGAAGAUGUUUGUAUUGAUAUGUGUAGAGUACAUGUGCUGUGUGAUAGUGUUUGAUGCGCUAGUGAGAAGUCUCGGGAUGCUAGACUUUGACUUUUUCGUUUCAUUCUCUGUGGUGUCUGCGACGGAGUUUCCCUCGAUAUUGAUCCUGGCAUUCGUGAUGGACUGGGUGGGGAGGCGCUGGUUGAUCUGCAGCAUGUCCGCAAUUUCCUUUGUCUUCUGUAUUUUGAUAGCGUUUGUUGGAAGCGGGACAGGCGCUGUUGUGUGCGCGGUCGUGGCGAGAUUUGCCAUCAACAUGAGCUACAACACAGCCAUCCAGUGGGGAGCCGAGUUGUUCCCGACUUCAGUUAGGGGGUCAGCCUUAAGUGCUAUCCAUAUACUCGGGUAUAUAGCAACGAUGGUUUCCCCUUAUAUCGUGUACUUGGAGGUAUACGUCACGUGGCUGCCGAUGGUUUUGAGUGGGUUAAUUGGUUUCCUUAGUGCCGUGAUUGCCCUCACUUUGCCAGAAACCGCCAGAAAAGAUAUGCCGCAAACGUUUGAAGACGCUGAAGUGUUAGCAAACAGCCAGAGGUUUUUCGAAUUACCGACCUUUGCCAAGAAGGAAAUUAAGGGUCACGAAGGAAAAGAUAACUGUUCAUUUGAACCGUAGGUUAUGUGACUAGGUCUGAAUCACUGGAAUAUUUUUAUACAGUUCCUAAUAAAAAAAUUAAACUAUUA